GAGGGGCCGCGUGCGUGAGCCAGGAGGCCGAUCAUGGCGGCCCGGGGCUCUGGGAGGCGGGGAGCCGGGUCGGGGGGAGCCCGGGGGCCGGACCCGCAGGAGGAGCCGCCACCCCCGCUGCAGGCCGUGCUGGGGGCGGACAGCUUCAACCGCCGCUUCUUCCCCAUCUCCAAGGACCGGCCCCGGGUUCUCCUUCCUCUCGCAAAUGUGGCCAUGAUAGACUACACUUUGGAGUUCCUAACUGCAACUGGAGUAGAAGAAACCUUUGUCUUCUGCUGCUGGAAGUCGGUGGAGAUAAAGGAGCAUUUACUUAAGUCCAAAUGGUGCCGCCGUACCUCUCCCAAUAAGGUGCGCAUUAUGACCUCAGACCUGUACCGUUCGCUUGGCGAUGUGCUAAGGGACGUCGAUGCCAAGUCCCUUGUCCGUUCUGACUUCCUCCUCGUCUCUGGAGAUGUGGUGUCCAAUAUCAACGUUUCUGCAGCUCUGGAGGAGCACAGGAAGCGCCGUAAGCUGGAGAAGAACGUGUCUGUGAUGACGAUGAUUUUCAAGGCGUCCUCACCAGGUCACCAUGCUAGGUGUCAGGAGGAUGACAUCAUCCUUGCUAUGGACAGCACCACGAACCGUGUCUUGCACUACCAAAGAACUCAGGGGCUGAAGCGCUUUCGUUUUCCCAUGAGCUUGUUCCAGAGCAAUAUAGAGACGGUUGAGGUGCGCCACGACUUGCUGGACUGCCAUAUCAGCAUCUGCGCCCCGCAGGUGGCCGAGCUGUUCACAGAUAACUUUGAUUAUCAGACUCGGGAUGACUUUGUACGUGGCCUGCUGGUGAAUGAAGAGGUCCUGGGGAACCAGAUCCAUAUGCAUGUGACAACAGAGGAGUAUGGUGCCCGCGUGUCUAACCUGCUGAUGUACGAGGCCGUGUGCUCUGACAUCAUCCGGCGCUGGGUUUAUCCGCUGACCCCAGAGAUGAACUUCACCGAUGAUGCAACACAGAGCUAUACCCAUUCCAAACACAACAUCUACCGCGGGGCAGAGGUGAGCCUGGGCCAAGGCAGCGUGCUGGACGAGAAUGUCCUCAUUGGGCAGGGGACGGUCAUUGGCAGCAACUGCUCCAUUACCAACAGCGUCAUCGGUCAGAACUGCAAAAUAGGGGAUGAUGUUAUCCUGGAUGGAGCAUUCCUCUGGAACGGAGUCCAUGUAGCAGACCGUGUGAAGAUCCAGCAGUCGAUUGUCUGCGAUGAGGCUGAAGUGAAGGAGGGGGCCAUAUUAAAUCCUCACUGUGUUCUGACUUCCCAGGUGGUGGUGGGUCCUGACAUCGUGCUCCUGGAAGGCACCGUGAUCUCACUGCACUCACCAGAUGAGGAAGAGGAGGACGACGAUGAGUUCAGUGACGAUUCUGGAGUGAACAAGGAGGAGAGCAAAGUGAAGCUGAAAGGUUAUAACAAAGCCGAAGUGGGGUCAGAGGGUAGAGGUUACCUCUGGAAAGCAGCUGAUGGGAGUGAAGCCGAUGAGGAAGAGCAGAGACAGAGCCUUUGGGGCCCCACACUGAAUCCAGAACAAGAGAGUGAGUCGGAGAGUGACCUGAGUCAGGACUCAGAGCAGCCAGACAGUCGGGCUGCUUCUCCUCAGCUGGAUGACGUCAAAGUUUUCCAGAAUGAGGUUCUGGGCACCUUGCAGAGAGGUGAAGAGGAGAACAUUUCCUGUGAUAAUCUGGUCUUGGAGAUCAACUCUCUCAAGUAUGCCUACAACAUUGGCCUGAAGGAGGUGAUGCAAGUGCUCAGUAAGGUGGUCUUGGAGUUCCCAUUGCAGCAGCUGGACAAGGGGUUAGACUCCCAGCACUACUGUGUAAUGCUGAUUCCUUUGUUAAAGAACUGGUCUCCAGUGUUUAAGAACUACAUCAAGCGGGCAUCAGAUCACUUGGAUGCCUUAUCUGCCAUUGAGGAGUUCUUCCUGGAACAUGAUGGCCUCCGCACAUCCAUUGCCAAAGUACUGAUGACCUUUUACCAGCUGGAAAUCCUGGCAGAAGAGAUGAUUCUCUGCUGGUUUUCUCAGCGAGACACAUCGGAGAAAGGCAGGCAGCUUCGUAAAAACCAGCAGCUUCAAAAGUUUAUCCAGUGGCUGGAGGAGGCAGAAGAAGAGUCAUCUGAGGGCGACCAAGACUGACCAGGCAGCUUGCCAUGAGAAGAGGCAAUCCUGCUGCCCUUAGACAGGAGAAGGAGGGAUCUCUUACUGGCAAAGUGAGCAGAGAAAGAGCAGUGCCAGUGCAUGGCGCACAGCUGUGGGACCUGAAAUCGAAGUGACUGACAAUCCCAUCGUUCAUUGUUGUGUAUUCCCAGCCCCAUGACCCCCAUGGCAUCUUGUGUGGGAUAGUCACAGCACAGCAUGAGAACCACAAGAGAAAAGCAGGAGACAGUAAUGUCCAAGAUCCCUCUGUGGCCUGUUUGUGAUGUAUUAUAAGCUACUCAUUGGGAGCCACUCACUCUUAAUGUAGAGAGGACAGGCAAAUUCAUACCAAUUUCAUGUAAAUGUAACCCUGGGGGUUUGAACCAUUUCUGGUUUGUGUAAAGUGGUCAUAUGACCUGGUCCUGGUUAUUUGGAGUUACUGAUGUUCCUGGAUCUGUAAAGAGUCUAAUGGACAGUUCAAAGCUAUGAUUCAUUCUCACUCACUUGUGGGGAGCCCCUUCUGAAGCUGACUCUGGCAAGGCUGGUAGACCAACAUAGACUGGGUGAUGUCAGUACAGGGCCGGGCCUCAGAACUCCUCUGGCAUGGGAAUUGCAGUCGUCAGGGGAAGCCCAAGCUAUUGGGCAGCCUGGAAUGAAAAGAGGCGCUCCUGGCUCGUUAAAAUCUUGGCUCUGACACAGAUUUGCACUGUGAUUAUAGCAAAUCCCUGUAGCCUUUCUGUGUCUGUUUCCCUUUCUGUAAAAUGGGGCUAAUACUCGUCUACCUCACAGAGGGCUAGCUAAAAACAGAAACACGCUUCGUGAAUAAAGUACUGUUUAGAUGAUUGUGUCCCCGAUCUAACCUACCUACCUGUCCCUAUGGUUCUUUAGGUGAGUUUUUAUUUUAACUUGUAAAAGGUAACAGAUGCCUGGCACGUUGUAAGACCCCUGGUUUAGGGCUCUGCAUGAAUCUUGCAUCUGCUGUGACACCAGACAUUCUCCUGUCUUGCCUUCUGUGUUAGAAACAGCACCAAGUGCUCUAAGAGAAAUGAGGGGUCUUGAAUGCUGCUGUUCUCUGAAAACCAGAACGUGAGUUUUUUCUUUUAAAAAUAACAUGGCCUUUGGGUCUCCCCACAGACACCUGAGCUCAAAUCAUGGGCUUUAUUUAUGUAUUUAUUUAUUUUUUUCUAAAUGAAUUUUGCUUUUCUCCUUCAAGGGGGAAAAAACUAUUCUGCAAAUCCAGGUUGAGGAUCAGCAACGGCAGGGUAAUGCAUGGGUGUGCAGCAGGAGCGGUUGUGUGUCUUUUCCAUCCAUCCCUCCACUGCACCCUCCUCCAUGCUGAUCAUAGAGCCUCUCAGGGGCAACAUUCUUGUAAAUAUUAUUGUGCCACUUCCCUCCCCUGUUCUCCCCCAAGAAUGGAGCAGAACAGCACCGUGGGGAUCAGCUUACUGUUAAUAGGUAGGUCCUGUGUUAAGCAUGCUGACCAUGCUACUGUCCUUUUAGGGGGAAUGUAGAAUCAAUUCUAGGGUGGAGGUGUAUUGAAGCUGCCCACUCCCAGGGGUUUUGGCCAUUGGACAAUGCCACAUACUCUAAAUGAGGGAACAUUGAUCUGUGGGGGAUGAAGUCAGAAAGUGGAUGAAUGUUGGAAAGGGGGCAAACUUCGGUCAUGAGUGCUGCCAGGACAGUGCAUGAAGACCCUUGGCUUCUGGCAUCAUGGAACUCAGUCUUGUAAAUGUUGGGGAAAAUAAUUGUAAAUGUUGGGGGAAAUAGUUGCUAUCUGAACUUUCUAUAUCUGCCAAUAUUUAAUUCAGGGAGUGAUUAAAAACAUCCUGGUGUAAAGAA